UAAGUUUCCUACUUAAGAAAAAAUUUCUUCCAAAAAAUAUGGCAUUUGCUACCAUACUAGUGUUCCAUUUCUUGCUUCUUGCUCCAGUUUUGAUUUAUUCUUCUCAUCAUGUUGAAGAUCCUGAAUCAGUGGUCCAACAAGUGCAGAAGAGCAUCAUUGAGAAUCAGAACAGAAGAAAACUGGGUUAUUAUGAUGCUUGUGGUACAAACAAUCCAAUUGAUGAUUGUUGGAGAUGUGACCCCAAUUGGGAAAACAACCGCAAGAGACUAGCAGAAUGUGCUAUUGGGUUCGGUAGACGUGCAAUUGGAGGUAAAGAUGGAAAAUAUUACAUGGUCAUUGACUCAAGUGAUGACCCUGUGAAUCCUAAGCCAGGAACAUUAAGACAUGCUGUUAUCCAACAAGAGCCUUUAUGGAUCAUUUUCAAGCAUGACAUGGUGAUCAAACUAAAGAUGGAUCUUCUCAUGAAUUCUUUCAAAACAAUUGAUGGUAGAGGUGUAAAUGUACACAUUGCUGAAGGACCAUGUAUUAGAAUACAAGAAAAGACCAACAUCAUAAUUCAUGGUAUACACAUUCAUCAUUGUGUACGAGGUGGUAGUGGUUAUGUGAGUGACUCUCCUAACCAUCGUGUUAGGAAAGAAAGAUCGGAUGGUGAUGGGAUUACAAUAUAUGGUGCGGCUCAUAUUUGGGUGGAUCAUUGUUCCUUGUCAAAUUGUUUUGACGGUUUGAUUGAUGUUGUUCAUGGAUCAACGGCUGUUACUAUUUCUAAUAAUUAUAUGACACGUCAUAACAAAGUUAUGCUCUUUGGUCAUAGUGAUUCCUAUGAAGGGGACAAAAAUAUGCAAGCUACUAUAGCUUUUAACCAUUUUGGAGAAGGGCUUGGGGGAAGAAUGCCAAGGUGCAGGUUCGGAUACUUUCAUGUGGUCAACAAUGAUUAUACACAUUGGCAACAAUAUGCAAUUGGUGGAAGUUCGUCCCCAACUAUUUUUAGUCAAGGCAAUAGAUUUCUAGCUCCAGAUGAUGAUGACCACAAAGAGAUCACGAAGCAUUUUUACUCAUCAAAGGGUGAGUGGGAGAACUGGAAUUGGAGAUCUGAAGGAGAUCUAAUGUUGAAUGGUGCCUACUUCACACCGUCUGGAGCGGGAGCAUCUUCUUCGACAUAUGCCAAAGCCUCAAGCAUGUCAGCACGACCACCUAUGCUUGUGGCUUCAAUGACAGCAGGAGCUGGAGUGCUUAGAUGCAAAAAGGGUUACCAAUGCUACUACUAGAUUGGUAUCACUGUUCCGAGAAAACAAUUAACUUAAAAAAGUUUGUUUAGAAAUUUUUGCAUUCCAGAAUUUGGUUUCCUAAUGAGAAUGAGGAAUAUCAAUAUCUAUUAGAAAAGUGACGUGCAUUCCCAUAAAGGGCAAUGUAGGAUAGAAGUGUGUAUUGUAAAGUACGUAAUUACAAAUAUUAGAGAAAAAGUUUUUGUUAUCGUCUAAAGUUUGUGUUAUUGUCUCGGUUUACAAAAAUUAGCUUUGCCCGGAACGGUGGCAUUUAACAUGCACAAGUGUUAAAUUUGUGCAUCAUAGAAAAGUUUACUUUUGUACAAUUUUCAGCCAUUGAUAUAA